UGAAUGCUGACGCGUCCCUCUUGAGCUCUCCUCGCGACGUGUCAGUAUUCUUGUGUCGGCAGCCGAGCGCUCCAGUCUCUCGUCGCGUUGAUGGCGCCUAAAGUCAGCAUGAAACAGCAGUCAGAGGAAGACCUUCUCCUCCAGGACUUCAGCAGAAACCUCUCGACGAAGUCCACCGCGCUGUUCUACGCAAAUGCGCUCAUAGUUUCUGCCAUCCCCAUCUGGUUGUUCUGGAGGAUUUGGCACAUGGACCUGGUCCAGUCUGCGUUCCUGUACGCCGUGAUGACGCUGGCCAGUACCUACCUGGUGGCUUUCGCAUACAAGAACGUCAAGUUUGUUCUCAAACACAAAGUUGCUCAGAAACGCGAGGAUGCCGUUUCCAAGGAGGUGACCAGGAAGUUGUCAGAGGCCGACAAUCGCAAGAUGUCCCGCAAGGAGAAAGACGAGAGAAUCCUGUGGAAGAAAAACGAGGUCGCUGACUACGAGGCCACCACCUUCUCAAUCUUCUACAACAACACUCUCUUCCUGGUGCUUGUCAUCGUUGCUUCCUUCUUCCUGCUCAAGAACUUCAACCCCGCUGUCAACUACAUCUUGUCAAUCGGCGCUUCCUCCGGACUCAUUGCACUGCUGUCCACUGGAUCCAAGUAGAUGAGGAUGGUGAUAAGAGGGAGGAAGAGUGGGAUAUUUGGGUUGAGUCACGAAAGUUGGCAAUGGGGAACAAUCACAUUUCAACUUCAUGAAAUUCAUGAUAAAAAAUCUGGAGGGACUUGCUCCAGGUGUAUCUUUUUUUUGUAACAAUAAAAAUAACCCAUGGUA